AUGACAACAACCAAUAGCACUACUAUAAGUAGCCAACGAGCCAGAUUACAUGCCAAGGUUUUUUAUGGACAGAUUUUUUUCGUGAGUUUUGAAUUUUACUUGGAUGUGGACAAGAAAUUUUUAGAAAAUCAAGCCAUUUUCUGAUUAUUUUUUUUAGAAUUGGACGAACUCAUUUUCUAGAAUCCAGAAAAUUUAUUUGAAAAAUUCUGAAAUCAUGUUUGUUUUUUGAAAUGCUAUAGAAAUUUUCAGAUGGCUUGAGAUUUUUCUAAAUUAAAAUUAUAUCAAAAAACAAAAUGUAAAUACCUCCUAAAUUCUCGAAAGAUUUUUUCCAGACAACAUGCACAUUCAUCCUCGGAGCUCGCGCACUUUUCACCCGCCACAUUCCAUUUUUUGCUUGGCUCCCAGCUCUUCUCUUACUUUUUGACUCGGUAUUAGCCUUUGCUUCAUUACUUUAUCUUGAUUUCGUAAGUUAUCUGCUUCAGAAUGUUUUUCAAAAAAUUUACUAUUUUUUCAGAAUCGUCAAAAUACCACGUCAUUUCUCAGACUGAUAUUAUCACUGAUAGUUUUUGUAAGUCGCGGAGCUUUUCAAAAAUUACAAAUAAUCCAACAAAUUUCAGAGGUUUGGAUGUUCGAUAAUAUUAAUCGCUGAAUUAUUUCUACCUCAUUCUGAUCCAUCAGUUUCCAUUCCUUUAUCAGUUUGUGAGUUGAAUUUCAAAACUUUUUUUCAAUUCAAAAACAAAUUCCAGUAGCUGUGAUUCAUUCAAUAUUCAACCUCUCCUCCUCAAUUCAAAUCUAUCAUUUAACAAAUAUCCAACCAUCGGAAGAAAUUUCGAUAAAAAUGCAAAAUUGUGCGAAUAGUUCAAGUACAAAUACACUUAUGACGGAUGUCGAGUUCUAA